AUGGCCGAAACACAAGCCACACGCUGCAAAAGAGCCAGCAGUGUCUCAGAGACAGGGACAAAGCCAAGUGUGGACGAGUACAUAAGCCCGGAUAUCAUCCACAUCUUCCGCGAGGACAAGGACAAGGCCGAGGCCGAGGCCGAGGCACCCGCCAGCCCUCUGACACCACUGCCAAAAACCAGGGAGCCCCCCAGGGGUUCGACAAGGGAGGAGGGCUCAUGCCGGUUCCCGCAGUUCCAGCGCCUGCCGCCAGAGAUCCGCUUCCUGAUCUGGGAGGCGGCCGGCCCGGAGCCGACCGUGGUCCCGCGGACGUGGAACAACGCAAAGUUCAGGUACCACCUGCGCAGGGGCGUUCCCGCGGUUCUGCAGGCCUGCGCCGAGUCGAGGGCCCUGCUGGUCGCGCAGCAGCCGGGGGCGGGGGUCGGUGGUGCCGCCCCGAAGUAUGAGCUUGUCCGGAUGCCGGGCCGUGAGGAGGAGGAGGAGGGUGUGUAUAUGGAUUUUGACAGGGACUCGAUAUGGAUAUACCGAGGCUACGACAUCAGCGAUGCCGAGGUGGCGGCGUACUCGGGCCUGCGGAGCCUCGUCAUGAACUGGGGCCUGCGGCCGUGCUGGGUCGACUCGGCCGUGGACGAGGGCGUCCGGUUCGUCCGCGGCUUCCCGGAGCUCAGGCUGCUGACGCUCCUGGUGGAUUUCAACGAGCACGGCUGGCCGGAGCCGUCGACGCUCAAGGGGCUCAGGAGGCUGAGGCGCACAGAGGUCAAGCGCAUCUGGGCCCUGGUGCGGGCGGCGCUCCGGAGGGCCGAGGAGGAGGACCCGGCCUGGAAAGCGCCGCAGCUGCAUAUCGUCCACCGGACCGAGAAGUGGUGUCGCCGAGAGGCCAAGUGA